CACCACGUCACUCAACCCGCCAUGUCACACAAUCCAAUUCUUAAACUCAACCAACCUAUAAACCGAACCAUCUAUCCCUUUCUCUCUUCUUCGCCUGAUCCUCUCUCCUCUUCAACCUUGCAUCAAAAUCAGACACAACGACGGCUCGCUGGAUCUCCUCCUCUUCUCCAUUCCCCCAGCGAAGAAUGCGCCCACCGGAAAACCCUAAGAAAAAGAAUCACCCUAAAUUCUCCUCAAAACCAUCACUUUUUCAACUCGGUUUUUCUUCUCAGGUUAUCAACGAUCGGGAGACAGGCAGGUCCCGUGGAUUCAGAUUCAUGACCUUCAGGGACCAGCAGGCGAUGAAGGACGCGAUCGAAUGGAUGAACGGCCAGAAUCUCGACGGCCGUAACAUCACCAUCAACGAGGCUCAGUCCCGCUCUGGUGGCGGUGGUUUCAGGAGUGGUGGGACACGCGAAGGCGGUGGCGGCGGUGGAUACAGUCGUGGUAACGGUGGAUACGGUGGUGGUCGGGACCGUGGUUAUGGGGGUGGUGGUUACGGAGGCGGCAGUGAUGGCGGUUCCCACUACUCUUCCAGGGGAGGUGGUGCCUCGGACGGAAACUGGAGGAGCUAGAUGGCGGGAUUUAUAGAUUAGGGGAAAUGUAGAAGGUGUCAUGUUUUUUGGAUUACUGUGUUAGUUGCUUACUUGCUUGUCCAGGUUAUGGUUCUUGUUCAAUCUGCGUUCGUCAUAUUGGGUUUUUGUUCGUUGUCUCUGAUGUUGAUGCAAGGUUGAAUAGGAGAGAGGAACAGGCAAAGAGGACAGAGAGGGAUAGAUAGUUCGGUUCAUAGGUUGAUUGGAUUUAAGGAUUGGGUUGGAAAAGAUGACAUGGC